AUGACUAAGGUUGAGAGUACUCCCAGACACAAGAACGGAAGCAAUGCUUCACUCCUUCGCGGACCGCUAUUUGUCGCAGAGCCUCCGCUGGGGGUCGAUGGCCGACCUAUCAUCCAGAAAGUGUUGGUAGCCAAUCGUGGUGAAAUUGCUUGUCGAAUCAUCCGGACUUGUCGGAAACUGAACAUUCUAUCUGUUGCGGUUUAUGUUGACGAGGAUUCCUCAUCCCGUCAUGUUUUAGAUGCCGAUGAAGCGAUCAAUAUUGGGAGCAUUGACCGAAGCGAACGAAAUCCCUUUCUUGACAUCAACUUGCUCGUGAAAACCGCACUUUUCACAGGUGCACAAGCGAUUCAUCCAGGAUAUGGCUAUUUGAGCGAGAAUGCGGAAUUUGCAAAUGGAGUCCGUCGAGCAGGGCUCAUUUUCAUCGGUCCCAGCGCCAGCGCUAUGUCCACGCUAGGUGACAAGCGGUCAUCGAAAGUAUACUUGAGCAAGAAUGCACCAGAUGUCCCUUUGAUCCCUGGAUUUUCAGGUUCCAGUCAGGACAGUGAGGCUUUGAGAGCAGCAGCUCAAGAAAUUGGAUUCCCAGUCAUGCUUAAAGCAUCAGCAGGAGGAGGAGGAAAGGGAAUGCGAAUUGUUCGGGAGGCUAGUCAACUGAAGGAGGAGCUUGAACGAGCACAGUCCGAGGCUCAACGCUCAUUUGGAUCGAGUGAUUGCAUCUUAGAAAAAUAUAUUGAAAGCAGCAAGCAUGUGGAGAUUCAAAUUUUGGGUGAUUCUCACGGUGAAGUGGUCUCUUUCUUUGAUCGCGACUGCUCUGUCCAGCGACGACACCAGAAAGUCAUCGAGGAAACACCCUGUUCAUUCCUCACAGAUGACAUACGAAAAAGAAUGAGUGCGACUGCAGUCCGUAUCGCGAAACUGAUCGGAUAUGAAAAUGCUGGUACAGUUGAAUUUGUGGUGGAUGUGAAAACCGGUCACUUUUACUUUCUCGAAGUCAACGCUCGACUUCAAGUCGAGCAUCCCAUCACAGAAGAAGUUACUGGCAUUGACCUUGUUGCACUUCAGCUCUUCGCGGCUGCGGGUGGAAAACUACGGGGUCUGCCUGCCGUGCAGAAUAUCUCCCAACUAGGACAUGCCAUAGAAUGCCGCUUGUGCGCUGAGGAUCCACAGAAGAACUUCUUCCCAGAACACGGCAAAGUUCAUCUAUGGCUCCCAGCAACAGAUAGACUCGCCGCUGGCCGGGAUGUUCGAUAUGAAACAGCAAUCCAUAGCGGCUCUUCGGUUUCAAUCUACUUUGACUCCAUGAUCGCGAAAAUCGUUGUCUGGGCGCCAACAAGAGCACUCGCCAUCGAGAAAAUGACAAAGGUCCUCGCACACACUGCUUGUGUUGGUGUCAAAACCAAUCAACUUUUCAUGCAAUCCUGUCUAUUGAACCGGGCAUUCCACGACCCUACAUAUACCACUUCAUUUAUUACUGCCAACAUCGAUAAACUGCUGCAACCGCCAUGGACUCAGAAGCCAGAAGUACAAACAAUGCUUUCUAUUUUUCCAGGAUUGAUUAUUCGGAACUUGUCAAACUUCAUACCGGCCACACUGCAAAAGAAACCGUUUGGCAGUGUUCGCAAACAAUUCCGCAAUCAGCGCUAUGAUCCCGUUAGUGCCCACUGCGAAAUUGUGACGAAUGUCGACUGGUCUGGGGAAAAACAGGGAGACGUUUCCUCUAUUAAGCAAAUGUGUAUCUGGAAGCCACAAGACACAAGCAUCCCGAAGAACAAUGGAGAGGCCUACCUAUUUGAGAUUGAAGACUCGAACUCUUCUCAGGACCCAUCAGCAGUAACAGCCACACAAGUCUCUGCCCAGUAUAACGAGAUCAGUCAGGCAUUGCGCAGUGGAAAAGCCAUGGAUUCAAAGACUUACAAAAUCAACAUUGAUUCAUGGCACCCAGCAGAAGGAAAUCCUGCUGUCGUGGAAUCAUGGCUUACAUCCACUCUGCAGGUCUCGAUCAACGGAAUCAAGAUUCUAGCACAUGUAACUCUCCCAUCUGCAAGACCACACACUCUGGCAGGAGAGAUUGACAGAGGCCAACGAGUUUUCUGCCAUCUCCCUAUGCUGGGUACUUUUAUUGAGCUCAAGCGUGAUACGCUCUUGUCAUUUGCGGAGAGUAUUCGGUCUGUGGCUAAAGAGAAAAAUGACCCCGAGCAAAAGACAAUCAUGGCGCCAAUGCCGUGCAAAGUCCUGUCCAUCUUGAAAAAUAAUGGCGAUAAGGUUGAGUCUGGACAAUCAGUCAUGGUGAUUGAAAGCAUGAAGAUGGAGGUUAGCAUUGCUGUGUCUGCGUCGGGGAAAUUCGAGACAAACUGGAAGAAGGGAGAUGCAGUAGACGAGGGGAAGAUACUUUGUUCCGUUGUUUAA